AUGCAUCUCCGCAACGGACGCGUUAUCGGCCCCACACCGCGGGAGACUUCUACAAUGUCAGUGAACAAAAUGCCGAGCGGGACGCCGGCCCAUCAUCGUCAUGCUACUCCGAAGCCCACCGUGGCAGAGCGGCCGCAUGGGCAUAAGGAGGCGCCCCCGCAGGUGAUACCUAUGACCAACGUUAUGCCAGGGGACAGUCCCUUCGUCACGUGGGACCAAUUCCAGUCCGCUGCCAGUGUGAUAAGAACUGUUAUAGGGGGGACCGUGGAAUCCGGCGCAACGAUUCCCAUACUACCAGAAGAUGGCAGCAAUAUGCAGGCCUUUCUGCUGCGCAUCGAGUGCCGGUACACCCAGGUGGGAUUGGAGCCGCGCGAGUAG